GUCAUGAUGCACUUCACAUAGUGACUUGUAUUCGGCUAAACGAUCCUUUCCCAUCCCUUGAACCCUUAUCUCCGAGGGUCAUGCGCGGCUCACGAAGUCCGUUCAUCCCAAUGGCACCAUCCACACCAUCAUCAAACGGAUAGAGACACGGCUGAAACACCUCGGACAAUCGAACCUCAUCAACAUCAACUGGUGGUAUCCUCAUCCAUCCUGGACUAGGUGGUUAUUUGUUUUGUCCGCAUACUUGAUCAGCUCACGAGAGUUCUACAAGUGAUAUCUGCCUCCGGAAUCACCCCGUCUUUCCCCGCCCUGUCACCAUCUCGUACUACCUCAAGUAGAUACCAAUGGCUCAGCUCCUUGAUUUGGCACCCGAAGUCCUAAGUCACAUAUUCCAGGAUGUCGAGCCUACAGACCUCGCCUCCCUAUCAAAGACAUGUCAAUACCUCUACAAAUUGAUCCAGAACGACCAAUUACUAUGGAAGAUCCACUAUCUAUCACGAUUCGACUCCCCGCCACAAGACGACUCUCAGUCCUGGCAAGACAAACUAACUCGUCUGAUCAAUGUGCAAAAGAUCCUAGAAUCAGACGAUGAGAACAUCAAGGCCCACGCCGUCGAAGAGGUACUCACCCAAACCGUCACCCUCGCAUACCAAUCAAAAUCUUCAUCACACAAAACCUCCGACUUUCUCGCAGAUCUAUUCGACAAAUCCGCCAACGUGAACACCUUCCUCUGCAAAUCCAGCCUCUUCGCCAAUGCCCGACCCGAUGCCUGGACCAGUGCCCCAACCGAGUCCCUCCGCCAACUCUCCGCCCAACUCCACGUCCUAGGCGGCAUGAAUCUAGAGACUCCCUGGCCCAGUCCUGUCGAAUUCAGUUGCCCACACUUCGCCCCCGACGUCGACGAUUCAGACGACGACUCGGACGAAGACUACCAACCACCAAGUAGACACCCUUCCAUUCCCGCCCAACCGAUCCGACAUGUCCACCCCUAUGCCAGAGCCCGAGUCUACGACCUCCGCCGCUACAACCCAGCCAACAUGUGGGGCCCCUUCAUGGACGAUGGCAGCGCACGGGUCGACUGGGAAAAAGUCCAAGCCAUCAUGAUCGACAUCGCCUACAACCACCGCAUGUACACGGAACGUCGCGGUCUCAACGGUUCAUCCUUACUAGGCAGCACAACCACAGGCAAUACGCCCGCCACCCCAGCAACACCAACGUCCGUCUCAGCUAGGUCGCCGACACGACCAUCCCACAAUCCAACAUCCGUUCUACGGCCCUGGGACGAUCCUUUCAGCGGCAUCGCGCCCAACAGCUUCGUAUCCUUCCCAUUAUCUGGCACCCUCAAACCCGCUCUACGCCCGGACCUAGAUGCCCUAGACCCCUACGGUGUAAGCGGCACCUGGAUGCGCAUCGUAUGCUUCCUCGACUACAACGACCUCUACGCCUUCAAUUUCGAGAGCGGUGUCAUCCCGCGCAACGAGGAGCGUCCGCCCAUCACGACGCGCGAGGCUUUCAGGCUCAUCCGUCUGCAACUGCGUGUCAGUGCGAUCGAGGAACCCGGCCCAGAAGAUGGUCAGGACUUUCCCGUAGUGCACUUCGAGGGCGCCAGCCGGUCGACGUUCAUGGCUUGGGAUCCCAAUGCGAACUCGAGGAUUAGAGGUAUGGUGCGCCAGACGCCCAGCGGCGAGAUCCGAUGGACCACGUUCAGCAUCUUCCACGGCGAAGAGCGCUGGCGGAGUGAAGGCGUACAGAUUGGCGGACUGAAAUCCGCACGAGGUAUACUGGGCAAUUGGUUUGACAAGGACUACGAUGUGCAUGGACCUGCGGGACCGACAGCGUUCUGGAAGAUCAGUGACGAUAUCGUCGAGGAGAAGCGGACGUUGCCUCAGAUGGUGCAGAUCCUGAUGGCUGAAGUUAAUGGUUGAUUCCUGUAUGGUGAUGUUUCAUCAAAGUAUAUACGAUUCGGAUGGGCGAAUGGCGCUAGGUUGACCUGAUGAACGAGCGCUCUAAGUAUGGCAUUCUGAGCUAGUUAUAGCAACGUCAGCAAUUUAUCAGUUUUUCUCUGCAAUGGAAAGGCAAUCCUUGUAAUGGUCGUUAAAAU